GAGGGACGUAAUGGAGGAUGCUCUCAUUGGUACGAUCUGAUGGGGUUACUUAUUAUGCCCCUUAACAAAAUGUCGGUAGUGAUAAUGAGUCGAUGAGCUUGCGUUCCUACGCGGAUAAUAAAACGGAUUUUUCUUCUCUUACUUACUCUUCCAUUUUGGUUGCUUGGCUUUAACUUCCUUUGCUUGGUAGCUCGGGAAAGCCUGAAGUUGAUGCAUCAAUCUUUAAUUACCUUGAAAUUCAAUGGUCCUUUAUCUAAUUAUUUUAUCGUUCUCAGGAAAUCACGGCUUCACCAACAUAAUCCACCAAGCCGUCUCAUUCAGUGAUAACCUCCAGAAGAGAUUCUCAAUUAUCUUAAGCAUAUGGUCGUAUGUGAACAUUCUCAGAGAUAUGGUCAACGUUCUUUGAAAACACCACUCCUUCGCUUUCUGACGGAUGCGAUCUCGGUUAGCCUCGGUCGUACAUAUCAGACACGCCUUUUAACUGACAAGCAAAUGCGGCCCGCACAUGGCGCUCGUUGCUUAUCCCGGCACGCCUUCCACUUGACAAGCUAAUGCCGCCAGUUAUAAAUAUCAAGUCACAUUAUAAGAAGCAUUAUUGGCGAGACUGCACUUUAAUACUGUACUACCCAACACAAUCUUCUUUUUGUUUCGCGCAGAUACAAUGGCUUCAAGCCAUGAUGCCCAGGUUGAUACGCCAUCUUACCCGCUGAGCCUGUCUUCAGCAACGGCGACAGGUGUUGAACCAUUAGAAAACGACCUAGACUACCCUUCAAAUAGCAAUGAGGGGUUUUCCCUGUCUCCUACUGAUGGAGGCAAAGAUGCCUGGUUAUGUCUGUUCGCCUGCUUCAUGCUAGAGGCGUUGAUAUGGGGUUUUCCAUCCUGCUAUGGUGUUUUUCAAGAAUAUUAUAGUACUAGCGACGAGUUUGCUGGAUCAAGUAACAUACCUGUCGUUGGGGCCUGUGCUAUGGGUAUCAUGUAUAUGGAUAUUAGCAUCUGGUUCGCCGUCCUGAAAUACUUUCCAAAUUUCCGCAGGUGGGCGACGCCAGUCGGCCUCGCCAUCGUUUGUCUCGCAUUAGGCCUUGGGUCAUUCGCAACUAACGUGGGCCAUCUUAUCGUCACGCAAGGCAUCAUUUAUGCCCUCGGCGGAGGUCUGGCUUGGGCUCCUGUUUUGUUCUACAUCGAAGAGUGGUGGGUGCGGCGUCGAGGGUUUGCUUAUGGCACAACCAUGGCAGGCCUGGGUUUGAGCGGUGCCAUCCUUCCGGUUGUUCUAGAAUGGCUACUUAAUUCUUACGGCUUUCGAACAACUCUACGCGUCUGCGCCCUUAGCUUUGUCGCCUUGAACCUUCCGGUCUUGUUUUUCUUCAAACCACGACUUCCUCUUUCACAGACAACUCAAUCGAGAAGCUUCGACAUGUCAUUCUGGACUUGCUCAAAUUUUCUGAUCCUGCAGUCGGCAAACAUCAUCCAGAGUCUUGGUUACUUUAUUCCCGGUAUUUAUCUCCCAAGUUUUGCGCGUUCAAUUGGUGCUAGCAGCAUCGAAAGCACAGCCACGGUUGUCCUUAUAAAUGGCGCCGCGUUCUUUGGGUGCCUGUGUAUGGGCAUGGCAGUUGAUAAAUAUCAUGUUGUUAACUGUCUACUGGUCUCCGCUAUCGGCUCGGCCGCUGGUGUCAUCCUACUUUGGGGGUUUUCUUCAUCGCUGGGAACACUUUAUACCUUCUGUCUCGUUUAUGGAGUAUUUGCUGGAUGCCAAUCGAGUGCCUGGAGUGCUGUCGUUCGUGACACGAUAGAGAAGCACAGAGGUGCGGACUCUGGCAUGGUAUGGGCAUGCUUAUCCGCUGGAAGGGGAGUGGGUAAUUUAUGCAGUGGUCCAUUCUCGGAAGCUCUCUUGCACUCAGGUAAUUGGAACGCGGCGUUGGCAUACGGUAGCGGCUAUGGUGCACUCAUCGCCUUCACAGGUGCUACUGCUUUUUUAAGCGGCUGGGGCUAUGCUGCGAAGAGAAUUGGAUGGCUAUGAGACCGGGAAUUCUGUGUUUUGUCGUGAUGUACAAUACGGAACUAGCUGGGCGGAAUGACAAAGUGGAAUAAUUAUUGUUGUAUGUCCUAACGGAUCGAUUUGACAUAUUGUGCGAGUGGAACGGACCUUCAACAUAUUGCAACCUAACUCCCCGAUCUCCCAAUUAGCGCUUGGCAUGAGCAUACCUUACCAGAGUUUUAUACUAAUCUACUGCCGUCACUGCUUUACAACCUUUCGUAGGAAAAGGUAGUUGCUCGACUGCGUACUACUGUAAC